AUGGGCACAGGCAGCGGGCCCGCCGAGCCGCCCGCCGCGCCUGUAGCCCGGCACCGGGCAGCGGAGUAUGGCAGCGGCGGGAACCCUGAAGUUGUGCAGGAAUUUAUGUAUCGGAAAAAUGAAGAAAGAAAGAAAAAACGCUUGGAAGAGAAAAAGUCUUUGGUGCAGGCCAUGGAGAUGAGAAAUAAGAGAUUGCAAGAGGUAUACAGAAAACAGAAAGAAGCUGUUAGAAAGAAAACGCACUCUGACCAGACACACAAGCUCAUCAUGGAAACAGAUUCCACAAAAGAAAGCCCUCAGUGUAAACCUGAGCAAGGCUCUCUGCCUUCCCACCCACUUCCGGAGCGGCGGCAGCGCCGGGGAGCUGGGCCGAGGGCUGCGGAGAUCCUAGGGCGUCCGCCAGGGGACGCCGUCAUCCCGACUCCCCCAGGGGCGCCCCCUGCCGGUCGCGCCGCCCGUCGCCUGCGGGGCCGUCGGUGCCGCGGGGGGCGGGAGCGGGAGCGGGAACGGGAAGAGGCGGCGAGUCCCCGGCGCCCCCCUCCCAGACAAAACUCCGGUGAGACCUGUGCAGGGGACAGCUCUGGGGUGAGCAGCGAAGGGGCCAGCUCCGAAAGUCAGUGGAGCAGAGUUGGCCGGCACUAUGGAGGCUCCAGCACCUUCUGCCGCUUCAGCUUGGCCAUGGCGGAGCAGUGUCUGAGGGGAGAAGAGCUGCGAGCUCGACACCAGGCUGCCCUCCUCAAGCUCCGCAGAAAAGCUCUCCGGGAGAAAGCCAGGGCUGAGCUGGCCUGGCUGGACCACCAGAAAUGCCACGUCCCUCUCACUGGCCGGCGUGGCGGAGAGCGGGCCACACCGCCUGACUCCCCGCGGACACGAACGCCUGCCUCCCUGCUGAAGGCAGCGGGCCAGACUCUCCCGGGGCCGGCACAGCCCCGCGGCGAGAGGGCGCCAGGGCCCCUAGGCCGCGUCUCCGGGCCCGCCGCGUUGCUAUGGCGCGGCCCCGCCCCGCCCCUCGCUGCGCGCCGCUGGCGUCCCAACAUGGCGGCGGCGGCGGGCGGCAGCGGGCGGUUGGAGAUGCUGCUGCUCCUCCUGCCGCUGGUGGCGGCUCGGCUGUACCGGGCCGGGGAGGACCCGCUGACCGUGCUGACGGCAGGCUCGGUGCGGCAGGCGCUGCUCAACUCCUCGACCGCCUGGGUGGUGCAGUUCUACAGCUCGUCCUGCGGCCACUGCAUCGCCUUCGCCCCCACCUGGCGGGCCUUGGCCGGGGACGUCAAAGACUGGGAAUCUGCAAUUAGACUUGGUGUGCUGGAUUGUGGGGAACAAGAGAACUAUGAGAUGUGCAAAGAAUACGGUAUUCGCUAUUAUCCAACGCUUAGGUACUUCAAAGCAUUUACAAAGCAGUUUACUACUGGAGAAAAUUCCGAAGCAGGAGCAGAUCGAGAGCUGCAAACAGUUCGUCAGAUGAUGAUUGACUUCUUACAGAACCAUUCCCAAGAGCUGAGGCCACCUGCUUGCCCACCAUUGGAUCCAGUUUUGUCCAGUGAUAUCACUUCUCUUCUUGACAAGAGCAGCCAACAUUACACUGCUGUUGUGUUUGAAAGCAAUAACUCCUAUGUUGGACGAGAGGUUAUUUUAGACUUGAUCCAGUAUGAAAACAUCAUUGUAAAGAGAGCACUGAAUUUUGAUAAGCCUUUUCUUGAGAAACUUGGUGUUACCUCAGUCCCUUCAUGCUACCUGGUAUAUCCAAAUGGGUCCCAUGGGUUAAUUAACAUUUUGAAGCCUCUACGGUCUUUCUUUUCUUCGUAUUUAAAGUCACUGCCAGGUGUAAGAAAAAAACUUCUUUUACCACUUCAGCUGCCUGCUCAAGAAAACAAAGAGGAUAAUACAGAAGUGAAGGCGUGGAAAGAGUUCAAUAAAUCCAAGCUGUACAUGGCUGACCUUGAGUCUGGAUUGCAUUACCUGCUCAGGGUAGAGCUUGCUACACACAAGACACUUGAGGGAGCUGAGCUAAAGACCUUCAAGGAUUUUGUUACCAUCUCUGCCAAGCUUUUUCCUGGCCGUCAGCCUGUGGUAAAGUUGUUAGAGACCUUGCAAGAGUGGCUGGUGAGCCUUCCAUUAGACAAAAUCCCCUAUGAUGCUAUCCUGGAUCUGGUCAACAACAAAAUGCGGAUUUCUGGGAUAUUUCUCACUAAGAAAAUCCAGUGGGUCGGAUGUCAGGGCAGCAGACCAGAGCUGAGAGGUUAUACCUGCUCCCUUUGGAAGUUGUUCCACACCCUUACUGUUCAAGCUGCACUGCAACCAAAAGCUUUGAUAAAUACAGGUCUAGAAGACAACCCCCAGGUAGUUCUUCAGAUCAUGCGGAGAUACAUUCACCACUUUUUUGGAUGCCAGGCUUGUGCUCAGCAUUUUGAGGAAAUGGCCAAAGAGUCCAUGGAUUCUGUGAAAACCUGGGACAAGGCUGUUCUCUGGCUCUGGGAGAAGCACAACGUGGUGAAUAACAGGCUUGCAGGUGAUUUGACUGAAGAUCCAAAAUUUCCCAAAGUUCAGUGGCCAACUCCAGACAUUUGUCCUGCAUGUCAUGAAGAAAUUAAAGGAUUACACAGCUGGAAUGAAGCCCAAGUCCUAGAGUUCAUGAAGUAUCACUACAGCAGUGAAAAUAUUCUGUAUAAAUACGCAGAAAGCCAGACUGACUCCAGUGAAACAGAACAGGGAGAUACAAGGGAGGUGAAAGACAAAAGCCUACAGAAGAAACCAAGUGGCAACAGAGGAAAUAAGAUCCAGGAUAAAGAGAACACACUCGAUUCAGGAUCGAAGGUGUUAGAGAAGCUCAUAGCAAAUCACGGACCUGUCAGAGAGAGCGGUAAAAGCGCAGCUGGAUCAGCCAGCCUUAAAGAGACCAAGCAGGCUGUGUUCUUCUUGGGGAUUGGCUUUUCCAACCUAGACAUGAGUCUGUGUGUCAUCCUCUAUGUUGCAUCCUCCUUGUUUUUAAUGAUCAUGUACUUCUUUUUCCGCGUGAGGUCGAAGCGGUGGAAGGUGAAGUCUUAUCGCUCGUCUGUGUAG